AUGCAGAAGCCCUCUGCCAUUAUUGACUCCCCUGCUGCCAAGCCAACUUUUGGAAUCCCAAAAUACUCUCCAAAUGCACUGCAGACAGGAGAGGGGCGGGUGCAGCAGGCGGGCCGCGCAGGCGCCCCGAGGCGCAGCGGAGUGCGUGCGCGUGGGGGUGUGGCCGCGGCUUUCCCGCGCAAACGCUGCCCCGUCACGGCCCCCCUCACGCCGCCCUCGGCGAGCGCCGCCGCCGCUGAGGCUUCGCCCGCUGCCCGCAAUGGGGCGGCUGCGGCGGCGGCCGCGCGGCCCCGGAACGGGAAGCGCUGCGGGGGCCGAGCGGGGGCAGCGAGCGAGGAAGAACCGCCCCCUCCCCCCCAUACACAGCUUACCCGGGGCCAGCCCCGCGCGCGCCGCCGCCGCCGCCUCGCGCCCCCCCUCCCUUUAUGGCCGCCCCUCACCCGCCCCCCUCACGCCCUUUCCCCUCACGGCCUCGGCCAUGGUCGGGCCCUCCCGGAGAACGGCAGCGGCGCCGCGAAGAGGAAGAGGAGGAGGAGGAGGAGUCGCACGGAUUCAAGAGCUCGAGCUCCAAGAGAUGCAAUAAGCGAUUGUGUUUUGAGUCUUGGCAGCGCCAAAUCCAUGAGCAGAGGCUGGUGCAAACAGGAGAGUACAGGGCUGCACCUCUUUAACUCAUCUCAGUGGAUACAGCCCAUCCUUAAUCUAAAAAUUAAAAGCAUUGUGUGGAUAUUUUAUGUUGCUUCAAAUGUUUCUGGAAGAUUCGGAGUCGCUUGGUGACGCAAUAAAGAAUUUUGGAGUAGAGCAGAUCAGAGCAAGGCAACACUGGAACAGUUACCGGGUGUGAAUUGUUCUGCAGGAACAGCAGAACCCUUGGAACCAGCUGCUUUUUAGAGCAGGUAAGAGACUCCUGGUCACAGUCCCUGCGUGUUCCAGCCAUUUAGAUGGAGCUGCUCAAGGAAGAGCUGUUAUUAACCCUCAUUUGUGCCGUGCUGGAGUCAAGCAGAGCUUUCCCCACUCAGCAGGAGCGGGGCCUGCCCUCUCUAGGUUGUGCAAAGACCAUCUGCCUGUUGCCUUCCGAGCGCAAAUACAAUCUGUUACUUUGUCAAAAUAAACAACACAUCUAUCUGAUCAUUUCUAGCCUGCUGCCUGCUUGACUCCCCAGCGAGGAGGGAAACAGCCUGUUUAUGGCACUCUCAUUUUGGGGCAGAAGCUGUUAUAUCUCAAACAUUGCAGUGAAUAUUUCAUAGCUCCAGAAGCCAGAGAUAGGGCUUCACUCUCGCUCGGGCUGGCAGGCGUUCAGGGUUGUCCUGGCAGGACAGGAAUGCCAAGUGCUCCAAAAGCUCCAUUUUAUGUGUGUAUAUAAUCCAGGGAAUUUGAUCAAAUCAGUGUAAGCAUUGCCUUGACAUUAGGAUAACCAAAUGCAAUCAAAGUUGAUUUGUUUCUAUAUGAUGGUCAUAGAGAACAGCUGUAACAACUGAGUUCUGCAACUAAUCCAUAUUUCUGUAAUGAAUGUUUUUUCCCCAUUUUUAGCCAUUUUUAAACCCUUUCUCAACUUUUCAUAUUGCUUAUAUGAUUGUUAUGCCAGUAGAUUUGGUACCAUGGGCUAAAGAAGCCAGAAAACCUACAUCCUAAUUUUCUGGAGAACUCUCUUUAAUAGUACUUUCUUAAAUUAGACCAUCCCACAUAGUUCAGAAUUUAAAGUCUUUGUAUGUGUCAGAUUCUGACACGUUGUUUAACAUGGGCUGAUUAGCUGCAGUCACAGGUUAGCUAUAGUGUGUAAGAAAGGGGAAGGAUCUUUCCUCCCCAAAUAGCAACUGAUUCUCAAAUGUGGCUUAUUAGCUUAACAAA